GCCACCACCUUGCAAAUCACGGGUGGCUCUUUCCUCCCUUUUUUUGCACCUUUUCCUUUUCGUCCCUUUUCGCACAGUCACACCUCACCUUCUUCCCCUUGGCAGCGCACUUCCGCAGGGGAACAGGAGGGUGGCACGGUUUUGGACUCUGCACGGCGAAGACUUCCAGGACGGUGGCGGCGGCUCCUUCUCCCGCUACUCUUGCGUGCGGCGGCCUGUACGCAAACAACGGCGGCGAUCUGGUCUGACGGCGGUGGCGCGGCUUCGCGACGGCUCCUCAACCUGGCGGCGGCAACUCCUCAACGCGAUGGCGAUGGCUUGGCAGACCAGAGCUGCACCUUUUCGCGUGGCUAGUGGCGGCAGCGGCGAGUCUCCCGUGACUCACUCCCUGCUGCGGCUCUCCCGAUUCAAGUGCGGCAGCUCUUCGUGGGGAUCAACGUGGAUGGUGGUGCUCCGGCGGCAGCGCCCCUCACUCCGGCCCCUGAUGCUGCACCAGGUUUUUAGGUGACACUCCUCUCUCUGAUUAGUUUCUGCUGAUCAGAUUUCCGGUGUGUUAGCGAACCAAAGCUCCGAUGCCACUUGUUGGGAUAAACGCACGCGGAAACAACACACGAUCACGAAUCAACUGCAGAAAAAUAAACGACACAAGAUUUAACAUGGUUCGGUCGCCAACUGCAACCUACUCCACACGGGGCAACUAGGAGGAUUUUAUUUCAUUGUUGUUGCACCACAAUUACAAGCACAUUAGCAUCUCUUAAAUAGAGAUUAGUUAGGGAGACAAUGAUUAAUCCGUAAGCUUCUAGGUAGCGUUCUGUCAAUUUCCUGUUAGCUUCCACCUAGCUUCAUGGCUUCACACUCAACACCUUUGUCCUCGCCUCUAGCCAUAGUAUAAAUAUUGAUGUAAACC